AUGGCUUCUUCCAUGGCUUUGAGGAACCUCUCCUCCGCCUCUUCCUUCUCCCGACUCGCGCGGCACCAGGCUAGAGCUUUCUCGACGACGCGACCGGCCGCUCGAGUGAUCGCGAACAGCCCGCUCAGGGCAAAGGAGGCGUCGCCCUUUUUGAGCAACAAGUAUCCCGUCAUUGAUCACGAGUACGAUGCCCUCGUCGUCGGUGCCGGUGGCUCCGGCCUGCGAGCCGCCUUCGGUCUUGCCGAAGCCGGCUUCAACACCGCCUGCAUCUCCAAGCUCUUCCCUACCCGAAGUCACACUGUCGCCGCCCAGGGUGGCAUCAACGCCGCCCUCGGCAACAUGCACGAGGAUGACUGGAGAUGGCACAUGUACGACACCGUCAAGGGCUCGGACUGGCUCGGAGACCAGGACGCCAUUCACUACAUGACUCGCGAGGCGCCCGCCUCCAUCGUCGAGCUCGAGAACUACGGCUGCCCCUUCUCCCGAACGGAGGAAGGCAAGAUCUACCAGCGAGCUUUCGGCGGCCAGUCGCAAAAGUUCGGCAAGGGUGGCCAGGCCUACCGAUGUUGUGCUGCCGCCGACCGGACCGGUCACGCCCUUCUCCACACCCUCUACGGCCAGUCUCUCCGACACAACACGAACUACUUCAUCGAGUACUUCGCCCUCGAUCUCAUCAUGCAGGAUGGCGAAUGCCGCGGUGUCCUGGCCUACAACCAGGAGGACGGCACUCUACACCGAUUCCUCGCCAACCAUACUGUCUUGGCCACUGGCGGCUACGGCCGUGCCUACUUCAGCUGCACCUCGGCCCACACUUGCACCGGUGAUGGAAUGGCCAUGGUCGCUCGUGCCGGUCUGCCCAACCAGGACCUCGAGUUUGUCCAGUUCCACCCGACCGGCAUCUACGGUGCCGGCUGCCUCAUCACUGAGGGUGCCCGUGGCGAAGGCGGUUACCUUCUCAAUUCGGAGGGCGAGCGAUUCAUGGAGCGAUACGCGCCUACCGCCAAGGAUCUCGCCUCCCGCGAUGUCGUGUCCCGAUCGAUGACCAUGGAGAUCCGCGACGGCCGCGGCGUCGGUGCCGAGAAAGAUCACAUCUUCCUGCAGCUGAGCCACCUGCCGGCCGAAAUUCUUGCCGAGCGCCUUCCUGGAAUUUCCGAAACGGCGGGCAUCUUCGCUGGUGUCGAUGUUCGAAAGCAGCCCAUCCCCGUCUUGCCAACGGUGCACUACAACAUGGGCGGUAUCCCCACUCGCUACACCGGCGAGGUCAUCACCGUCGACGAGCAGGGCAACGAUAAAGUUGUCCCUGGCCUCUUUGCUUGCGGCGAGGCUGCCUGCGUGUCUGUCCAUGGCGCCAACCGCCUGGGUGCCAACUCCCUCCUCGAUCUUGUCGUCUUCGGCCGUGCCGUUUCCCACACCAUUCGCGACAACUUCAACCCCGGCGACAAGCUGAAGCCUGUGGCAGCCGAUGCCGGCGCCGAUCACAUCGAGGUCCUCGACAAGGUCCGAACGUCGGACGGACCCAAGAGCACCGCCGAGAUCCGCCUUUCGAUGCAAAAGGCCAUGCAGACGGAUGUCAGCGUCUUCCGGACGCAGGAGAGCUUGGACGAGGGUGUCCGCAAGAUGGUUACCAUUGACAAGACGUUCAAUGAUGUUGGCAUCAAGGACCGAAGCAUGAUCUGGAAUUCGGAUCUCGUGGAGACGCUUGAGCUGCGCAAUCUGCUCACCUGCGCUGUUCAAACUGCCACUGCCGCCGCCGCUCGCAAGGAAUCUCGUGGAGCCCAUGCCCGAGAGGACUUCCCCGACCGAGAUGAUGAGACAUGGAUGAAGCACACGCUCAGCUUCCAGAAGAAGCCGCACGAGAAGGUCGACCUGUCGUACCGCAAAGUCAUUGCGACAACGCUGGACGAGGCAGAGUGCAAGCCGGUGCCUCCUUUCAAGCGUGUAUAUUAA